GUCCAGCUGCUGCUGCGCUCAUAUGACUCCGGGAUUCGGGAGCCGCCGGGUCUGCCCCAGAGAGAGCCCGGGGUGCAGGCCCCAUAGAUCCCCUAUAGGGGCCCCUAUAGAAGGGCGCAGGCUGGGGGAGAGAGAGACACCCCCUUAUUACCCCCUCCCUUAUAAACCCCCUUUCCCCUAUAGAUCCCCUCCCUUACAGACCCCCCUUCCCCAUAGGCAUCCCUUGCCCUAUAGACACCCCCUUCCCCUCCAGAGAUCCCCUAUAGACACCUCUUCUACAGACACCUGCUUUCCCCAUAGAGAUCCCCCCCAGGCACCAUAACCCUAGAGAAAGAGCCCUGAUAGACGAAGGACCCUAGCGAGAGGACUCUCCUGUUUGGAAAGACCUUCACCCAUAGACGAGACUCGCCCAAAGAGAUGCCCCUGUAGCGAGCCUUCCCCUAUAGAAGCAUCCUAUAGGGGAGCUUUCCCUACAGUAGGGGAUCCCCUGUCUAGAGAGAAAGAGCCCUCCUCCCCCUAUAGAAAAGAGAGACCCCCCUUCCGGGAAGACCCCGUCCAGAGGAGCCAUCCCUGUAGACAGACACCUCUCCUGCCCAGAGAGAGCAGCCCCCCCAUAGGAUUGAUAGACCCCCCCGUUUGCCCGCUAGCCACAGCCCCCUACAGCAUCCCCAGGAUGAAUUACCUGCGGCGACGCCUCUCGGACAGUAACUUCAUGGCCAACCUGCCCAACGGCUACAUGACGGACCUGCAGCGGCCUCAGCCCCCUCCGGUGCCCCCGGGUGCCCCCUCGCCCGUCCCCUCCCCAGGCAGCGUCUCCCCGGCCGAGCGCCCCCCGGCUGCCCCCAGCCCCGGGGCCGGCGGGGGGGGAGGUGGGUUCUUCUCGUCCCUGUCCAACGCCGUGAAGCAGACGACAGCGGCCGCGGCAGCCAGCUUCAGCGAGCAGGUCGGGGGGGGCAGCGCGGGGGGCGGGGGGCGCAGUCGGACGCUGCUGGUCAUCGACGAGCCGGGCACCGACUGGGCUAAAUUAUUCAAGGGCAAGAAGCUCCAUGGUGAUGUUGAGGUGCGGGUGGAGCAGGCCGAGUUCUCGGAGAUGAAUCUGGUGGCUCAGGCCAAUGGGGCCUUUUCAGUGGAUCUUGAGGUUUUGCGCAACGGGGUCAAGGUGGUGAGGACGGUGCACCCCGACUUCGUGCUGGUGCGACAGCAUGCCUACAGCAUGGCCCCGGGGGGCGACCACCGGGGGCUGGUGAUCGGGCUGCAGUACGCCGGGGUGCCCAGCGUCAACUCCCUGCACUCCAUCUACAACUUCUGCGACAAGCCCUGGGUGUUUGCCCAGUUGGUGCGGCUGCGCAGGAAGUUGGGGGCCGAGGAAUUCCCCCUCAUCGAGCAAACCUUCUACCCCAACUACCGGGAGAUGCUGACGACCCCCAGGUACCCCGUGGUGGUGAAGAUGGGCCACGCCCACUCUGGGAUGGGCAAGGUGAGGGUGGAGAACCAGUACGACUUCCAGGACAUCGCCAGCGUGGUGGCCCUGGCCCGGACGUACGCCACGGCCGAGCCCUUCGUCGACGCCAAGUACGACCUGCGGGUGCAGAAAAUCGGCACCAGCUACAAGGCUUAUAUGAGAACCUCGGUCUCGGGGAAUUGGAAAACGAACACGGGCUCAGCCAUGCUGGAGCAAAUCGCCAUGUCUGACAGGUACCGGCUGUGGGUCGACACCUGCUCGGAGAUUUUCGGGGGGCUGGACAUCUGCGCGGUGGAAGCCCUGCACGGCAAGGACGGGCGUGACCACAUCAUUGAGGUCGUCGGCUCCUCCAUGCCCCUGAUCGGGGACCAGCAGGACGAAGACAAAGAGCAGAUUGUGCAGCUGGUCCUGGGGCGCAUGGCGCAGGCCCUGCCCCGAACCCCCACCCCCUCCCCGGUGCGGGGGGGCCUGGCCCAGGCGCAGGGAGCCCCGGCUGGGCAGAGACAAGGACCCACGGCGCAGCAACGGCCCCCCCCGCAGGGGGGACCACAGCCACCAGCCCCACACCCCCAGCGCCCCCCAUCUCAGCAGCGCCCCCCCCCACAGGGGCAGCAGCUCUCCGGCCUGGCCCCCCAGCCUGGUGGCCCCCCCCUGCAGCAGCGCCUGCCCAGCCCCACCGCCCCCCAGCAGCGCCCCAUGGGUCCCCCCCAGCAGCGCCAGCCGGGCCCCGGCAUCCCACAAGGCUCCCGAGCCCCCCAGCCCGGUGUGGGAGUCCCCCCAGCCCCCCAGCCCCAGCGGGGACCCAGCCCCGGGGCUGGGGGCCAGUCCCCCCAGUCGCAGCCAAAGUCCGGGGGGGCCUCUCCCCAGCCUCAGCAGCCUCCCCAGCAGCGCCCCCCAGGGGCCCAGCAGCGAGCACCACCCCGGCAGAGCAGCCAGGGGGCGCCCUCCAGCCAGCGGGUCCCCCCCCAGCCCCGCCCGGCGCCCCCCACCACCCAGCAGCCGCGGCCCAGCGCCCAGGGGGGCAGCCGGCCCCCUCCAGCACACGGAAAACCCCAAGUGGCUCAGAAACCCACCCCGGAGCUGCCGGUGCCCCAGCCCCAGAUGAACAAGUCCCAGUCUCUGACCGGCUCCUUCCCCCUUGCAGAGCCGGCGCGGGCCACCGCUAGCCCGGAGGAGGCCGGGGCCGAGUCCAUCCGCUCACUCCGCCAGAGCUUCGCCAGCCUCUUCUCCGAGUGACCCCGAGACCCCCCCGGCCCCCCCGAGACCCCCUCAGAGACCC